AGAUCACGAUCAAAGAUGUGUACCCCCUCCCCCGGAUUGAUGAUUUGCUGGAUGCGAUUGGGUGUGCUAAUUAUUUUAGCAAGUUUGAUAUUCGGUAUGACUUCCAUCACAUUCUGGUUAAGGAGGAAGAUCGACCGAAGAUGGCCUUCGUAUUGUUUGAAGGCACAUGGUAGUGGGUUCGAUGUCCAAUGAGAAUUUGUAACGCGCCUGCCAUGUUUCAAGGAGCAAUGAACGUGACGUUCCAGAACUUCGCCAACAAGACACAGCUGACCCAGGGAAUGAUGAACUUCUACGUGAUCGUGUACAUGGAUGAUAUCCUUGUCUACUCGGAGACCUAUCACGGACAUGCGCAACACAUCGAAUGGACGUUGGGAGCGCUAAAGGAUCCUGGAUUCAAGAUUGCACUUGAGAAGAGCGAAUUUUUCCUCUCGGAAAUUUCGUUCUUGGGGUAUGUAGUGACACGUGGAGGGCUGCGAACGGAUUCCUGGAAAGUUGCGGCCGUAAAAGAAGCCUCAGUUCCCACGUCGCUGAUGCAGGUUCGAGCCUUCUUAGGCCUGGCGUCGUACUACCGCUGUUUUAUCAAAGGGUUUGCGGCGAUUGCUCGGCCUCUCACGAAUCUGCUUCGGAAGGACCAGCCUCUGCAGUGGGACUCUGAGUGUGGACAAGCCUUUGAAGCACUCAAGGAGGCCCUGGCCACAACAUCUAUUUUGAUCAGGCUGGACCCUACCAAGCAAUUUAUUCUUAUAACGGACUGGCAACUUGAAGCGAUCUCCGCCAUUCUAGUGAAGAAGGGGAACGAUGGUCGCGAACACGUCAUCGAGUACGCGUCACGAACAGUGCCGGACGAACGGAGGAAGGAUUCAACACCUCAAGACGAAUGUUAUGCAGUACUCUGGGGAAUCCAACACUUCCAUCCGUAUCUCUACGGACAGAAGUUCCGCCUUGUGAUGGAUUACGAGCCCCUGCUGGCUUUGAAAAAGCUCACUUAUUACACUGGCAUGAUUGGACGUUGGGCAGUGCGCCUGCAGGAGUACGACUUCGACAUCGUCCAUCGAAAGACAGAGAGACACGGAAAUGCGGACGGACUGACACGUCAACAUCGACCCGCUAAAGUGCCUAAGGGCGAGGAAAUCAUUCCGUGGAAAGAACCGGAAUCGACGAACGGUCUAAGUACGGAUAAGUGGCAGUUCUAUCACGUGGCAAGAAGCAGACCAGUGGCAAUGGGUGACGAAGGUAAUCCUUCCGCGCGGGCCCCUACUCUCUCCUAUCGUGUUAAGGAGACCAGGGUGCCUCUAUUGAACGAAGAAAAGUGGGACGUGUGGUGGGAGGACUACAUUAAACUCGUCCUCUGCUUGUUGGAGGUAGAGUUCCGCUGGUUAGAAUCGACACCAUUCGGAGAACUUGGAGAAGGGCCAGAGCACCCAGAGGACAGUGUGGAGCUCCUAUUCAUCCAGACCUGGAGGACGGCAGAGGAAGGUGAUCUGCUGGGGAUCGUAUUUGGAAAGGUGGAGGAAGGAGGUCUCGUCCUGAUCACGGGCGAGCUGUUGGUGUUCCUGACGCAGCUGGUGGACGAUCUGCACCUGGAUAUCUUGUCGCGGUGCGGUGAGCAGCCCGGUACCCACGUGCUGUCUCGGAUGCUCGAGCCGCACUUGGUGUGGUCCACGUGUACGGAGAUCAACGAGGACAACUGUUUCUAUCCCUCCCUGGCGCUCUAUUUGGAAAUCAACGUCACCGAUCUUACGUUGUGAGACCCUAUCGCGCGGAGAAACGCGGCGCAAAACAAGG